CCUUUUUUUUCUUUUUUUCUUUGAACGGCAGAAGACUGUUCAUGUUACCAGAAGAAGAGGGCAGACGCCCAUAAAUAUCACUAAAUUCUUGCUUUCCGUUUAUAUGUUAGAUUCAAGGCCGUCAAACUUAAGUGGUUUUUGUUUCAAGUGGAGGAACCAACUGAGUCUAGUAACUCAACUGGGCCACUGUUGAAUGCUACCAUUUAAUGCAAAAAGUCCACUGAAGCCACCAACUCCACCACCUAAGGGUAAAGGGUACCCCGGUUAGGCUUCGAAUUUUGGUUUUCUCAGAGAUUUGCUCGUCAUUCUUUCUGGGAUUUGUAUAGCUGAAGGAGAGAUGCGGGUUCUGAGUUUUGUGUAGAUUGGAGAUUAAAUUGGGUUUUUGGAUAAUCAAUGACUUUCAGAUGUUUUGGUGUCUUUGAUUGCUGCAAAGGAAAGAAUGGUGGUGGUCACACACAAGAACAAGAGAUUGCCACCAGCAAUGUAAGGCGCUUUACUUAUAAUUCAUUGAGAUCAGCAACAGAAGAUUUCCAUCCAUCAAACAGAAUUGGUGGAGGAGGUUUCGGGGUCGUCUACAGGUCACUGUGUUCAAGCAUCUGUAUUAGUUUAGUGGCUUCACGGAUGAGAGAGAUAAGUUUCCUGGUUUCUGGAGAGUGUGCUAUUCUCCUCCACCCUUUUAAACCAAGAAUAAAUAUGGGACUCAGGCAAAGUUUCAUUUGUGCUUGCAGGGAGUUUUAAGGGAUGGCACUCAAGUUGCCAUCAAGACUCUCUCUGCUGAGUCUAAACAAGGAACACGUGAAUUCUUGACAGAGAUCAAUAUGAUUUCAAAUAUACGGCAUCCAAACCUUGUUGAGCUCAUUGGAUGUUGUGUUGAUGACAAUUAUCGGAUAUUGGUUUACGAGUAUUUGGAGAAUAACAGCCUUGCCAGAGUUUUACUUGGUUCAAAAAGUAAAUAUGUUCCCUUGGAUUGGCCUCAGAGAGCUGCUAUUUGCUUGGGUACUGCUGUUGGUCUUGCAUUUCUCCAUGAUGAAGCAGAACCAAACAUUGUCCACAGGGAUAUCAAAGCUAGCAAUGUACUUCUUGAUAGAAACUUUCAUCCUAAAAUAGGGGAUUUUGGGCUUGCUAAACUUUUCCCAGAUAAUGUCACUCAUGUCAGCACUCGAGUAGCAGGAACAGUGGGAUAUUUGGCCCCAGAAUAUGCCCUUCUAGGACAGCUUACUAAGAAGGCAGAUGUUUACAGCUUUGGAGUGCUCUUACUUGAAAUAAUUAGUGGCAAAAGUAGUAGUAAAGCAGCAUUUGAAGAAGAUAUGUUGCUUCUGGUUGAAUGGACAUGGAAACUGAGAGAAGAAGAACGGCUUCUGGAUAUUGUGGAUCCAGAACUAACCAAAUAUCCAGAGGAUGAUGUGAUCCGUUUCAUCAAGGUUGCCCUCUUCUGCACCCAAGCAGCUCCACACCAAAGACCAACCAUGAAGCAAGUUGUGAAUAUGCUUUCCAAACCAGUACACCUUAACGAAAAGGCACUGACCAAGCCAAACGUGUAUAAGGGAAAUGACUCUCGGCACUCCAGUGGAGGACCUGGAGGUAGUUCAGGGGAAACAUCCUCUUCGCAAAAAAACAAAGACAAACAAUUAGUAAAACCUUCAUCCCAGAUAACUAGCUUUCCCAGUAUAACACAAAUGCUCCCUAGGUAACCAUUGCUUGAUCCUACUUAUUGUCAAUUGCUGACCACGACAUUUGAUUCAGAAGGAGGUUGUACGCAUGCUUGCCUGUCAAUUUUUAUUCCCUUGAUUUGGGUUUUUGCUUGUGGUUUUUUGUUGAUUGUUCUGGGUUAUAUCAGCAGUCUGCAGAAGCAUGAAUAUUGGUUCCAUGUCCAUAGCACCUGAAAUUAAUGAUGGUAUACAUA